AUGGAUACGCUCGGGUGGUUAUGGUGCGGGCUGAUUCAACUGUGCGCUGCGGUUUUGCGGUUGGGUUUUGGUUAUGUUCUGGGUCUGAGCGAGCAAACGAGGGGGGGGGAGCGUGUCGUGUCAGGUUGUACGACGGACGAUACAAAUGUCAAGAGAAUUGAGGAUGUAGCCAUCGAGGGAAGGACGCGUCGAUCGAGGCUGUAUCGCCUAUGUCGCACGCAAGUUGACCUCACGUCGAUCGUUGACCACGUACUUGGCUUCAUGACGUCACGGCGUCGACACUUUGAAGCGAUCAAGAACGCAGCACGUUUUCGGUUCAACGCGGUUUCUAGCUGCGGUCGACUGCAGUGUACACAGAGUGGUGAACGGUUUGACCCGCCAGCUACAACUGUGCAGCAAGACGCUCGGAGAUUACGAGCCUGGAGCUGA